AUGCGGCUUCUCCACACGUCUCGACUAGAGGUCGAAAGUUUUCCCUCAGAUGUCCCGAUCCACGCGGUUCUUUCUUACACCUGGGACGAUGAAGAAGUCACGCUCCAAGACCUUGAGCAGAAGGACGUUGCAGUAGGCUUAAAGGGCUUUGCAAAAUUGAGCAAGAGCUGCGAGGCUGCCGCCGCAGCUGGAUUCGAAUACCUCUGGAUCGACACUUGCUGUAUCGACAAGACUAGUGGCACCGAGCUGUCUGAGGCCAUUAACUCCAUGUACCGCUGGUAUCGAGAAUCUGCCAUCUGCUACGUUUUCCUUCCCGAUGUUUCGCAAUGCGACAAGGACUCCGUCUCGACCUCCUUUCUCAAACCAGACACCAUUCGAUGGUUCACCCGAGGUUGGACUUUACAGGAGUUGUUGGCCCCGGACAAUGUUGAAUUUUUUGACAAAGACUGGCAAUGGAUUGGCUCGAAAGGAGAUUUUGCCGCCGAAAUCAGCGCUACAACCGGGAUACCCAGACACAUCCUGCUUGACCCAGAACAAUUCUCGACAGUUCCGGUGUGUCAAAGAAUGCAGUGGGCGGCUUCACGUGUGACAACGCGACCAGAAGACGCGAUCUACUCACUCCUUGGGCUGUUCGAUGUCAACAUACCCCUUCUAUAUGGAGAAGGAAGAUCCAAGGCUUUCAAGAGGCUGCAAGAAGAGACUGUCAAGUCCAUAGAGGAUCCAUCCAUCUUCCUAUGGACAUUAUCAGGAGACAAACUCCCCGAGGAUCCAAGUGAAGUCUUUGGCGGACUUUUGGCGGAUGACUUGUCUUACUUCGCGAAACUGGACUUCCCCAGCGAGGUGACCAGAACGUUAUCGCAAGAUCGUGGGCCUCAUUUUAUGCCCUUGCAAGACACGGCGAUUGUCUUCACCAGCGUCGGGGCGAGAGUCAAGCUUUCGUAUAUUCCUGUUCCAGGCGACUCUUCGGAUACUCUUUUCUUCGUACCCAUGGCACGCGCUGCCGGAUUUACAGCUGGCAUUCUCAUGCAACGCAUUAGCUUGGAAAAGCCCUUGUUCUCUCGCAUCGUCUGCCACAGAACCUUCUGGAUCGGAUCAGAAGGAACUCAAGAGUUCAUCCCAAACCAAGUUGACUCUUUCCCUCACUAUAAAAGUCCUUCAUCAAAGCUCAUACUUGACCGGACUCGCAAAGUUGCGGCGAACCGAAUCUAUAUCACUCGAUUCCAUCUUACGCCCGAGUCGUCGCUUUUCACAACAGCUGAAUUUGGUCUGUCUCUUGCGGCGGGCAUCAGACCGCAGUCCGAAGGCAGAGAAAAGUUUCAUCUCGUAGUUUUAGAAAAUUCUCUUGGCUUCCAAAAGGAAAGGGUUUCGGACAAUAUCGUCCAAAAAGGUCAUCUUGGGCAAGGGUUUCCAGAGAGUCAACCAAUUCCGACAAUUGACUGGGCUGCACCACUGCGGCAAGACGUUGCUAACCCCCAAGGUCUUCUCAACACUCGCGCUUCUCGCGAUUGCGGGGCUCUUGGAGUCUUGAAACUGGCGUUUGGCUACUACCAACACACAACGAUCAAUACGGGAUGGGGGUUGAGUACGGAAACGAAGUUGAAAAUCCUUGGGACGUUCUGCUUGGUCGUUGGCCUGGAGGUCAAGCCGAGGACUUUGCUCGGGACCCCGUCAGCAUUCAUGACUCCCUGCGUCGGGAUCACCAGGGACGACGACAUUAGAGAAGCAAUAGCGAGUUUCAACUACGAGGAUCUUGGGAACACUCUCUGGUUUCAUGACCAUCGAGUCACCGGAGAGGCUCCCAACUAUUUCCGCUCAAGCAAGAAAAUCAAAAUCAGGUGCUGUUUGAACCAGAUCAAGAGGUUGUCUGGAGCUUGGUAUGAUAUAGAUCUAUCAUGGAGCUGUGGAUGCUAG